AUGGCUUAUUUCACUAUGGUUUUUAUUAUUGUUCUAUUCGUAUGGGCGUUACGAAUCUAUAUCACAACAAAAAAUCGUAGCAAACACAUAGAACAUAUUUCUGGUCCGUACGCUGUUCCUAUUUUGGGUUGUGUCGCAGAGGCAACAACUGUAAAGCCCACAAAAAUACUGGAAAAAGUAAAUGAAUUGCUGCAUUUGUAUGGAAGUACCUUUAGAGCCUGGGUAUUGGAUCGCCUGUAUAUAGUAACAAAAGACGCAGAAUUGGUUGGACAACUUCUCUCUCACCCCACCCAAAUUCGAAAAUCAAGUUUGUAUAACAAUUUAAAACCGUGGCUUGGAACUGGUCUAUUAAUAAGUGAUUCACAAAAAUGGCAUACCCGUCGUAAAAUUAUAACACCGACAUUUCAUUUUGCAAUAUUGGAACAAUUUUUAGAGGUUUUCGAUAGACAAUCUACGGUGUUGGUUAAUUGCUUAUCGGAGAGAGCCGAUGGUAGGUCAGCGUUUGACGUUAUGUCUUACAUUUCUUCGGCUACCUUGGAUAUUAUAACGGAGUCGGCUAUGGGUGUCAAUGUCCAUGCUCAGACGGAUAAAAGUAUGCCAUAUACAAUGGCUGUAACAGAGAUGACAGACCUGGUGUCUUGGCGUUGUAUACGAGCACAUCUGCAUGACGAAACCAUGUUUUCCAUUUUAUGUCCAUGGAAAAAAUUAAGACAAAAUAAACUCAUUAAAUUGAUGCACAAGUUUACAACAAAUGUUAUCGAGGAACGACGACAAUCACUGGAGAAAAGUUUAAGAUCUGAACAAAAUAUCGAACAGAAUCAUGAUGCCAAUAACAUUGGGGCAAGGAAACAUAUGGGUCUACUCGAUGUCCUAUUGCAGGCAACACUGGAUGGCCAACCAUUGUCAAAUGAAGAUAUACGCGAAGAAGUGGAUACAUUUAUGUUUGAGGGUCAUGAUACAACAAUGACUGCACUUUGUUUUACCCUGCAUCUGAUUUCACGUCAUCCUGAAGUACAGAAACGGCUGCUUUCUGAAAUAUAUACAGUUUUUGGCGAAACAAAUGCCGAACCAUUCGCCAUGGCCACAUUAAAUAACUUGAAGUAUAUGGAAUGUGUAAUUAGGGAGUCAUUGCGUCUGUAUCCGCCAGUACCAGUAAUUAGCCGUGAAAUUAUCAACGAUUUCAAUUACACUCACUCUCGUUUUGGUGAUGGCAUUCUUCCAGAUUCAACAGAAGUCCUCCUUUUGCUAUACCAUACAAUGAGAGACCCUCAAGCUUAUGACAAUCCCGCUGAAUUUAUACCCGAUCGACACAGAAAUUCGACUAAUUCUAAACAAUUUAGUAAUAUACCAUUUAGUGCUGGUUCUCGAAAUUGUAUUGGUCAACGCUUUGCAAUGCUGGAAAUGAAAAUUGUCCUUUGUAAAAUACUACGCGAAUAUGAGCUGUUGCCUCUGGGCGAAGAUAUUAAACCUUAUUCAAUCACCACAAUGGUAUAUUUCGUCGUAUUUGUUAUAGUCCUCGCAUGGGCGUUACGAAUCCAUAUUACAACGAAAAAUUGUCGCAAACAUACAAAUCACAUUCCUGGGCCUAAUGUUGUUCCAAUUUUGGGUUGUGUCGCUGAGGCAACAACUGUAAAGCCCACAAAAUUGCUGGAAAAACUAAAUGAAUUGCUGCAAUUGCAUGGCAGCAUUUUUAAAGGAUGGGCAUUGGAUCGUCUCUAUAUAUUCACAACAGAUUUUGAAUUCAUUGAACAAAUUCUUGCCCACCCCACCCAAAUUCGAAAAUCUAGUUUAUAUAAAACCCUAAAACCAUUUCUGGGAACUGGCCUACUAAUAAGCGAUUCACAAAAAUGGCAUGCCCGCCGUAAAAUCAUAACACCAACAUUUCAUUUCGGAAUAUUGGAACAAUUUUUGGAAGUUUUCAAUAGAAUUUCGGUGUUGGUUAAUUGUUUAUCGGAGAGAGCCGAUGGUAUGACUGCUUUUGAUGUUAUGCCCUAUAUCUGUUCGGCUGCCUUGGAUAUAAUAACGGAGUCGGCGAUGGGUGUCAAUACCCAUGCUCAGACGUAUAAAACUCUGCCAUAUACAAUGGCUGUAAAAGAGAUGACACAAUUGGUGUCUUGGCGUUGUUUACGCGCCCAUCUGCACGACGAAACCAUGUUUUCCAUUCUAUGUCCAUGGAAAAAAAUAAGACAAACUAAACUCAUUAAAUUGAUGCACAAUUUUACAACAAAUGUUAUUGAGGAACGGCGACGAGCACUGGAGAAACGUUUAAAAUCUGAAACAAAUAACGAACAAAAUCAUGACGCCGAUAUCAUUGGGGAAAGGAAACGCAUGGCUCUGCUCGAUGUCCUUUUGCAGGCAACAAUUGAUGGUCAACCAUUGUCAAAUGAAGACAUACGCGAAGAAGUCGAUACAUUUAUGUUUGAGGGUCAUGAUACAACAACAACUGCGCUUAGUUUUACCCUGUAUCUGGUGUCACGUCAUCCUGAAGUUCAGAAAUUGAUGCUAUUUGAAAUAUAUACCGUUUUUGGAGAAAAAAAUUACGAGUCAUUCACAGUGGCCAAAUUAAAUAAAUUGAAGUAUAUGGAAUGUGUAAUAAAGGAGUCAUUGCGUCUGUAUCCGCCAGUACCUAUAAUUGGACGUGAACUUACAGAAGAUCUACACUACAGUAAGUUGUCAAUAAUCACAAAGCUAUCAGCAUAUCUAGGCGAAGGCAUUAUUCCAGCUUCUACACAAGUUCUCAUUUUGGUAUACCAUACAAUGAGAAAUUCUAAAGCUUAUGUGAAUCCCACGGAAUUUAUACCCAAUCGGCAUAGGGAAUCGCGCACCUCUAACCCUUUUACUAAUAUACCAUUUAGUGCUGGCCCUCGAAAUUGCAUUGGUCAGCGUUUUGCCAUGCUGGAAAUGAAAAUUGUCCUCUGUAAAAUACUUCACGAAUAUGAGCUGUUGCCUCUGGGGCAAGAUGUUAAACCUGUAAUUGGAAUUAUAUUACGUUCAGAAACUGGUAUGCAACUUGGAAUGAAGAAGCGGGCAUCAGCAUAA